UUUCCUAGGAGACUGCGUUCUUCGGAAAGCUAGCUGACAGUACUGUUUUUCUUCAGUUCACUUCCAAUUCUUGUCUUCCCCGAGAUUCUUUCCCCAGAUUCUGUCCCGAGGAUUGGUGUCUCUGCCAGGAAGAUUUAGCAAAUACUGUCGUGUGGCUAGUCGAGCUACACCGAGAUCGCUCAUUCGGAUUGUCGCUUUCAUUGUGGGCCUGGCUACACGGAGACGACUUGCACGGCUUUCGGAGGACAGUCCUUGUUGACUAUGGCGGAGCCCGAACGCCGACCCCUGAGGCUACGGCCACAAGUGUCGUGUGCUCUUUGCCGGAGGCGUAAAGUCCGGUGUAAUCGGGAGACACCCUGCAGCAACUGUAUUCGCUCCAAGAACGUCCACGGCUGUGUGUAUCAGGUCCACCAGCCUCCUCAGCCUUUAUCACCGCAAAGACCAUGUCCGCUUGCUUGUGAUACCCCCAAAGACCAAGCCCCGAGCCUUGUCCGGCCGGGUCCAGUUGUCCGGCCGGUCCCGGUUCCACAUUCUUUCUUCAUAUUACCGCCGUUUCCUACCCCGUCAACAAGCGGAACUUCAACUGUCGUCUCAGACCACUCCUCAAAAGCUUCAUCCUGCGUUGGUGACCCUAGCUCAGCCCACUCACCUGUCGCAACGAAUCAAUUUACGACCUCAGUCUCUAGCUCAGAUCCCGAUGUACUGAGAAGGAGGAUUCGGGAGCUUGAGGAACAGUUGUCCAAAGCAGCACUUUCACGGUCCUCAAACCCAGAAGCUUCUUCAAGUCCAAUAGCUACACACGAGUCUUCUCUCGCAGGAAAGUCCAUUACUCAAACGGCCAGUACCUCCCGAAUUGUCAAUGUUUUCCACAAAAGCCGUCUGUUCGGUCAGAGUCAUUGGGUCAAUGGGGUCAUCUUGCUAUUGGAUAUUUUCGAAUUCUUCGAACCCCUGGUCCGCAACGGCGCCGCAAAUAAAUCCAUGACCGCCUUGGAAGAGUGCAAAGCCUUAGCCAGAACCAUCAAGGCUCAAAGGACUCCGCCGUGGCCGACCAUACCCACCCGUGAUCUGCCCCCAAGGGAGAUUGCCGACCAACUCGUCGACUGUUAUCUCAGGACUUUUGAAUCCUUGUACAGGGUCCUGCACAUCCCCACCUUCAAGAGAGACUAUGAGGCGCUCUGGGAAUCAGUGCCGGCGCAUCCGCAUCCGAAUCAACAGCCGCAGCAUGUCGGCAUGGCCUUCCUGGUCCAAGUCAAGCUCGUGCUUGCCAUUGGCGCCACCGUUUACGACCAAGACUUUUCUCUCCGCCCCUCUGCCAUCCGCUGGGUGUAUGAGGCGCUCACAUUCACCUCGGAACCAGAGUUCAAGUCCCGAUUGAACAUCAAGUCCCUACAAACCGAUAUCCUGCUAUUGCUAGCGCGUGAAACGGCCGGUCUGGGUGGAAAUCUGAUCUGGAUCUCGGCGGGUUCCUUGCUGAGGACGGCGGUGUACAUGGGUUUGCACAGAGACCCGGCGCACCUCCCGAAGAGAACAAUCUUUGCCGCCGAAAUGCACCGGCGGCUGUGGAAUACCGUGCUUGAGAUCACGGUGUCGUGUAGUAUGAAUGCCGGAGCACCGCCGCAGAUAUCGCUCGAUGACUAUGACACAGAGCCGCCGGGUAACUUCCACGAUGAGCAGCUUGUGGAAACUCCUGCAGACGAUGGAAGCAACCAUUCACCCGUAGUGGCGCAACCGGAGAGUGAGUUUACGCAAACGUCCGUUGCGAUCGCCAUGCGGAAGAUCCUUCCCAUCAGACUUGCGAUCGCAAAAUUUCUGAACGACCUCGGAUCGACUCGUCGCCAGGGUGAUAUGGCAUCUGCAUAUCAUGAAUCAUUGAGACUCGAUGCGGAUCUGAGAGCAGCGUAUCGAACCCUCACUCGAACCCUUCAAGUGCUUUCUCGCAACUUACACGAGGUUUGCUGGCCGGGGUCAUCGUCAUCCUCUCUGCUCUUCCCGUCUCAAUUCAUCGAUCUUGUCAUCAACCGUGACCUCGUCGCCAUUCACAUUCCCUUCUACAGCGCCGCUCUCCACGAAGCUGCCUACGCCUUCUCGCGAAAAGUCGUCGUUGAAUCCUGCUUCAAGAUCUGGCGUGCCGUCAACCCUUUGCCAACUUCUCCUUCCUCAUCAGAUGCCACUCGGCAAGAUGCCAACCAAGACAUUUGCCGCCUGGCUUCUCACGGUGCAGGCUUCUGCCGCAACGCAGGGUUUCAAGUAAGCAUGCUCCUCCUCGGCGAGCUGCGCGCCCAGCUCAGAGAAGAGGCCGAAACAAGUCUUUCUCCAGUAAAUCGAUCACUGCUGCGACCGGACUUGCUCGCUAUGGUGACCGAGGCCAAGGACUGGACCAUGCGCAGCAUCAACGCGGGCGAGACAAACGUGAAGGGACACAUGUUUGCUAGUAUGGUGUCGGCGCAGAUUGAAGGGAUGAUGAAAGGCUUGGGAGAAGACGGGGCUCUUGGCCGGGUGCUGGUGAAGGCGGCAGAUGAGGUUGUGGAUAGGUGUGUACCGCUUUUGGAGGAGAUGUUGGAGAGGGAGACGAGGAUGAGGAUGGCAAGCGAUGGAGAGACAGAAGGAGGGGGAAUGGUGUUACAAAAACAGUUUGAAACAGACGGGUUAGCGGCCACGUAUGAAACAGAGACACCGCUGGGAAUGAUGGGUGAUUGGGAUAUGUUGAUGUUGGAUGCUCAACAUAUCGGCGACUUUGGAAAUAUCGCUGAACCGAUGAAUUGGGCGCUCACCGGAGCCGCAUCAUUCAGCGCAGGUGGGCCAUUUAUCUGGUAGUGUAAGUGCUUGUGAAGAGAGUUUGAGAUGAUGAGAUGAGGUUGGUUGUUUGAUGUUGAGUUGAUGUUUCGUCCAAGCUCGGCGGUCUUGGCCGAUGGCGCGGGAGAUGCCAUUUGUACCUAGUACUGUACCCUAACCCUCAAUAUUCAAUUAUCGAAUCGGCUGUGUUCCUUUCAAAAGAUUGGAAACAGCCACCCUCGCACCCUGUCC